AUGCCUGCUACGGUAUACAUUCCUUCAUCUCGGCCAGAGCCACCAGAGGCCCCGACUGAACUUGGUCUGACACCGUCCACGGCAACUACCACAGCUCCUACCACUACACUCAAGCAUGAUUCGGCAUUGCGAACAGUCGAUGAACUGGUACGCCAACGGGCUAUCAACUACCCCCAAGAUCACAUUGUUUCGUACCCAAAAUCGGGCAUCGGCUUUGUAGACUACAAUCUUCAGCAGCUUGACGUCUUCGCUUGGAGGGCGGCAAAUCGCUAUGCGCAGUCCAUUCCAACGCGGAAGUCUUCAAAGGAGAAGCCGCGCGUUGUAGCUCUCCUGGGGCUGUCAAAUUUUGAGUAUCUCAUCACGUUGCUGGCUUUGACAAAGCUUGGGCAUACUGUCUUGCUUUUGUCUACGAGAAUCACGGUUGAGGCUGUUGAGUCUCUUGUAAAUGCUACGUCGGCAGCGACCAUCAUUGCCGACAUGAGGCAUUUGAAAACUGCCAAGAAAGUUCAGCAAUUGGUACCGUCAUUGCAGCUUCUUGAUAUCGUUGAUCGCGGGGUCUUUGAUUAUCCAAUUGAGGCCCAUGGUGAUACUCAGCUUAGUUCCCACUUCGAUCCCGAGGUUGAGACUCAUAAUAUUGCCUUUAUAAUACACUCAAGUGGAUCAACUGGUCACCCAAAGCCCAUAUAUCAGCCUCACAAAUCAUGUCUCGCAAACUGCGCUGUGAGUAUGAAGAUGAAAGCGUUCAUCACGUUGCCUCUAUUCCAUAAUCAUGGGAUCUGCAACUUCUUUCGAGCAGUCCAUAGCCGAAAGUCUAUCCAUCUUUACAACGCCGAGCUUCCUUUGACUCAAGAAUAUCUGCUCAAGAUCAUGCAAGAGCACCACUUUGAGAUUUUCUAUGGCGUUCCUUAUGCGCUCAAGCUACUCUCAGAGUCGCAGAAAGGCAUUAGCUUGCUUCAAGAGCUCAAAGUUGUCAUGUAUGGCGGGUCGGCUUGUCCAGAUGAUCUCGGCAAUCUGCUUGUCGAUAAUGGGGUCAAUCUGAUCGGCCAUUAUGGGGCGACGGAGGUUGGACAGUUAAUGACCUCUUUCCGACCUGAAGGCGACAAGGCAUGGAACUACGUACGAGAGAGUGACAAUGUAUCUCCAUUUCUACGAUGGGUUCAACGUGGCCCAGAUCUGUACGAAUGCGUCGUCUUGGAUGGCUGGCCAUCUAAAGUGCAAUCCAACCAACCUGACGGCUCUUACGCGACAAAAGACUUGUUUCAACCUCACCCAAGCAUUCCCAAAGCAUGGAAGUACAUUGCUCGACUCGACGACACAAUUGUUCUCGUCAAUGGCGAAAAGUUCAACCCAGUGAUGAUGGAGGGAAAGAUUCGAUCCAACAAGAACGUGACCGAAGCAGUUGUCUUUGGCGCUGGACGGGCGCAUCUGGGGAUGCUGCUUGUUCCAGCUGCGGCAUUGGCCAGCCGCACCGAAGAAGAGAUAAUAGAUAUCGUUUGGCCGGUCGUUGAUGCGGCAAACCGGUCUGCGGAUACAUUUGCUCGAAUCUCGAGGAACAUGAUCCGGAUAUUGCCGCACGAUUGUGCAUAUCCUCGGACAGAUAAGGGGAGCAUCAUUCGCCAGGCCUUUUAUAAACAGUUCCAGCGAGAAAUUGACGAGACGUACGAUCUUGCGGAUACGGUGUCUGGAGAGCUUGCUCGAUUCGAUCUCUCAGAACUUCGACAAUUCUUACGCGAUCUUCUUCAUAGAACUCUCCGCAUGGGCACCCCGGCUACAGACGAUGACGACUUUUUCGUCUUAGGCCUGGAUUCCCUGCAAGCCAUCCAGAUGAGAAGUGAGAUUCUGCGGAGAAUCGAUAUUAGGGGAAAUAAGCUGAGCCAACAAAUCGUCUUUGAGCAACCGUCGGUCAAUAAACUGAGCAGUUUCUUACUGAAUCUUCGGAAUGGCGGGGACAUGGAUGAGGAGCCAUCCAUCUUACAGCAGAUGGAGAGCUUGGUGAAUAAGUAUUCGGCCAAGAUCCUUCCAAAGCCUACAAGGUCAUCCAUUGUCGUGACAGGCGCCACCGGCUCCCUGGGAGCUCAUGUCGUAGCCAAAUUGGCGUCUCGGCCAGAUAUUGACCAAAUAUACUGUCUGGUUCGCUCUCACGACUCGUCUCAUGGCCAUCAACGGGUCGUAAGCUCAAUGCUACAGAGAAGAGUCUAUCAUUCGCUAUCACUGUCUUUGCGACGCAAAAUCAUAGCCUUGCCAUCAGACCUGUCGGAACCAAAGCUGGGUCUCUCUCGAGAAGCCUACGACGCAAUCACUGAGAAUCUUACUGCCGUUAUACACUGUGCAUGGUCAGUCAACUUCAACAUGCACCUUCUGAGCUUCGAGAAGACAAACAUCACGGGCGUAUGCAAUCUCAUUGCCCUCUGUCAAUCCGCGCAGCCGCUAGCAACAAUGAACUUUUGCUCGUCCGUCAGUACAUGCUCGCAGGCGACAGAGAUGCCAGUGCCUGAGCGAGUUCCUGACUUGUCAUGGGCUCAGAACAUGGGAUAUGCCCAGUCCAAGUCUGUUGCUGAGCACAUAUGCGCGAAAGCUGCCUCUCAAGGCAUUACGACUCGUGUUUUGCGCAUUGGGCAGAUCAUUGGCGAUACGGAGCACGGUGUCUGGAACGCUCAAGAAGCGGUGCCUAUGAUGAUCCAGACUGCAAUCACAAUCGGGGCUCUGCCGAGGCUCCAAGAGACGCCGUCGUGGUUGCCGGUUGAUGUGGUGGCAGAUGCUGUCACAGACAUUUCACUCUCCGGCGCAGGCAGUGUCUUUGCGAAUGUCACGAAUCCGCAAGUCUUCAGCUGGACUGACGAUCUUUUGCCAGCUCUGCGUAAAUGCGGGCUUGUCUUUGACGAAGUCGAGCCAUACGAAUGGAUCAAGAGAUUGCGAGCAUCGAACCCCGAUCCAGCCGCGAAUCCGCCAAUCAAACUGGUAGACUUCUUUGCGUCCAAGUAUGAUAAAGACUCGUUCAGCCUAUCCAAGCUGUUUGCUACUGAAGUGGCACGAUCCCUAUCACCGGCGCUGAGCAAAGUCCCGAGACUUCAGGAAGAACACGUAGCAAAGUUCGUCGGCUAUCUCACCAAGAGAGCAUGGAACAUCUCCCCAUCUCCAGCUGGGAUUGAGAAAAGGGCCGUUAUCAUCAUCGGGCCAUGUGGAACUGGCAAAUCCACCAUCGGAAGAGCACUCUCACAAUUACUCGACGUUCCUUUCAUUGAAGGUGACGAAUUGCAUUCUCGUCUGGCCAUUGAGACUAUGCAAUCUGGUGUGAUCCUCGCCGACGGUGAUCGCAUUUCAUGGCUUGAUCGAAUCAAUCAGCGCGCGACAGAUACGCUUUACGAUCUUGCUCAUGAUUCAGUGGUAAUCAGCUGCUCCGCACUGAGAAAAAUGUAUCGUGACAAGAUCCGUCACCAUUUGUCUGCACACAAGGCCAAGGCCAUCUUCAUUGACCUGCAAGCGGACAAAGAGGCUCUCUUGAAGAGAGUGCAGGAGCGCCAGGGGCACUGUAUGAGUGCGGAUUUGGUGGAAAGCCAGCUAGAUUCAUAUGAGAAGCCUAGCAGCAAAGAAUAUGAUGUCGUGCCCGUCGAUGUGAGAAGGGAUGAGAAGACGGUACUGGAGACGGUUCGAUGGAUCUUGGAUGACGCUGUUGCUUGGCUGUGA